CUCGAAGUCAUGGGUUGCUGUCACGUGAGUAAACACGGAAGUGUCUACCAGUCCAUAAGAAAGGGGAACCAAAUGACACCAUGGUAUGCUGUUUUCUCAUCCACACCGUGUGUUCGGUGAACGCCCUAUCUGCCGGUAGCUCCCGCGUGCUCUACUCCCGCGUGUUUGGGCCAGAGGACAACCCAGAGACCGACCCGGAGAGGAGACGCCUCCUUCAGAAGGAGAGACUCCUCCACUUGGCCCGACGCGUGCGGACUGCGGUGGGUUUGUGCCGUGACGCGGCAGGCAGUGCGUGUGUGGAGUGUGUGUUGGGCGAGGAGGCGGUGGCGUUGGGCGAGGCCGAGUUUGGCGUCCUGCGUCUCAGCGCCGGAGAACCGUUCCCUGUGGAACGGACUGUUCUGUGGCUGGGGGUGCAGAACCUGGCCUUCAGUCUGGUCUGUGACGUGCACGAGAACCUGCUGCUAGCUGAGGGAACCUUGCGGAACCUCGCUCGGCACUGCAUGGAGGAGUUACGGCUUCUGGGACCGGGCAGUGAGAUCCUGCUGAAAAGUGACCGCAUCGACGCCCUGCUCCACCGCUACCUUCCUCAUGGGCAGCUCCUCUUCCUCAACCACCGGUUCACUCACCUUCUGGACAAAGAGCUGAGCGCCUACGGCAGCAAAUGAGCCCAGUGGUCAUCUCCACCCGACUGCUCCAUGUCCAUGACACUGAACUCCAGGGCCCACUCUGACCCGAGCAGUGCCGACAGCGACAGAGGCAGGCUGAAUCUCGCUGGUGGUUUCUUGGUGUUUUAUGUCCCCAACGUUGUCUGCAAGGCAGCGCUGCCUGGAAGGCACUAGGGUUAGGCAUGGGUUAGGGUUGGGGUUAGGGUUGGGGUUAGGUUUAGGAUUAGGUGCCUUUAAGUCAGCGAUGGCAGCGCUGCCUGGAAGACGACGUUGGGGGCAUAAAACACCAUCGAGCCUCAGUGGUGGUCUUCAUGGUGAUUGUGAAGUUAAUGUCAGAAUGGGUGGGUCAGGGAGGGGGGGGGGGGGAGGGGGCUGAGGACUAUACAGGAUCCCUCCUCUGCCACUAUGUUGGGCAGUAACUCUGGCAAAGCCUUGGACAGUGGGAUGCUGAGGACAGACACGUAAUGUACAUCCUGAGUUGUCCACAAGGGGGUGCUAGUUUCACAAUUUUGUUAACUUCAAAUUUAGAAAUAGGAGAGGUGUUCAUGUGUGUUUGACUCCAUGUGUGUGUGUGUAGGCUGACCAUUUUGUUAUACUUAGGGUGCAGUGGGAUGCAUCAUCUGCUGUUUAGGUAUGGAUUGCUGAAUGAGUGUUUGGUAAUACAAUGGUGAACAGUAGAAGGUGUCUGGUGCAGGCUUUAUUGAGCUCUGGUCAAUCAGUCUUUCUAAGCACAUUUGUGUGUGUGUGUACGCAGGUGCGCGCGUGUGCAUACGUGUGUCUGUAUGCAUAUGUUUGCGUGUUUGUAAUACAUGGAUACAUCCG